GACAAGCGGACUUGGAGGACGCCGCCAGAAAUGUUUGAAGACUACUGUCUCACUUGCGGCAAAGAGCUCGUCGACGGACGCACCUAUUGUAACGAGGUCUGCCACAACGGAGAUCUCACCUCGCCGUCGUUGUCCGAGUCCAGCAGCGCCUUUUCUUCUCCCCACCUCCAAUACGCCCAUGGGCAGGAGGUCCCACCUCUCGUUCCCUCUGCUUUGGGGAAUCCACUCGCCUAUGACCGGUACUCUGCCUCCUCAUCCUCCGCUUCGUCUACCACUUGGUCCAUCACCGACGACGAAAGCGAGCCCGAGCAACACUCACGAAAUGGACUCUCCUACACACGGCGACCCUCGGGGACCAACAACGGCAGAGCCGUACUUCAUUGUCGCACUGGCUCUGGCUCGUUGCAGUCUUUAUCGCUACCCCAGUCUGCCCCAGACGACAUCACCUCAUUCGACCAACGCUAUCACAGGGAGCAGCACAAACUAGACUUUGACACGGACAGUAAAGCAAACACGCACCUUUCAGAGGACCCACCCAGACAGCAGCACACGGCCACAGUCACGACCACCAAAGGGAGGAAGAAGACGAACCGCGCCAGCCUCCCGGUCUACUUCUCGAAGCUCCAGAUAAACACCAACAAGUCGGAGGCAAGCUCCAGCAAAGCCUCGCCAACAGUUGCGUCUUCAGCAGCUUCAACGCUGCACCCCCGACUCUCCCCUCCCAACGCCUAA